AUGUUUGUCUACCGUCGUGAAGACCUCCCAUCCGAGAAUGAGUUUCCUGUGGACCUUGAGAAAUUAGGAUACUUCAUCAAUAAGAACGAUCAGAUUAGAAAGAUCGUGAAUCCUCAAGAGGAUUUUCAGUACAAGAUCAACAAAAAUUCCCGCGUCAACGAAAUGCAGAGAGAGGCGAUGAGUGAGUGCAUUCGCAAGAUUGUGGCCGCCCGUCUACGGGAGCUCAACCUUACAACCCUGCGUCUUCCUCUCACUUCCAAGGUGAAUGAAGCUCACGUUCCGAUCCUGGUGUCAUCUAACCUAUCCACGGCAUCUCGUAUCAUUGUCGUUUUCGGAGAGCCAGUACAGGACCUUGGAAUCUGGGCGUAUCGAAGCAUAGGUGCGGAUGGCAUCAAUGCAGGCUCCGCUGUUUCGUUUGCCAAAGCCGUCCUUCACCCCGAAACCAACGAAGAUGGAACCAACACUGAGUCCGCCCCCAAGCAUGGUGACACUGCUCUGGUGCUGGCAAAUACAGGUCAAUUAAUUUGGCAUUGCGGUGCUCGUCGCCCGAUGACCCUGCCGACCUGGCUCGCUUAUCCUCGUCCCUCAGCCGUCGAUCCUCCCCUGAUGAUGACCCAUAGAAACAAGAUCCCUGACAAUGGCUGCUGGGAAGAUCACGUCUCUUGUGUCUUCAAUGAAAUCCUAGCUGACCGUGGACGCUUGGUGCGCCACGAUGCCAAAAUUAACAUCGUCGGAAUCGCUGAAGGGGGGCAGGGUGCAAUUCGUCACUUAUCUCUAAACUGGGAGGACUGGCGCGGAUACAUAUCUGCUAUUGUCCUUACCAACCCCCUUCACUCUAUUGACGUUGAGCUGGCUGUCAAGGAUGAGAUCUCGGGCUCAUUCCUUGCCUUCGUUUCCUCCCGCUGCCGUGCCUAUGUUAUCUCCGACGAGCCACAGGGUUAUCAGGUCCCGGGCGCCCGUCAGCAUGGCUGCAGCUGUUACUCGUCUGGGGAGAUGCAGCAUGUUGAGUGUAUCAUGCCGUGCGCUUGGAAGCAUAUGCUUAAGUGGCUGAAUCUAGCACAUGCAGAUCCGACCAUGUAUGAGGCUCAGCUGAAGCUGAAGGAGAUGAAUGAUAGCGAUUCGGAAACUCUGAGCUCGGAUGAAAGCAAUGAAUGA